CAAGAAAAUCCAAGAUGGACGACGAUCUUGAGCUUGAGCAUGAGGGAGCAACUCAAGGCUCAACUUCACAGCCUGUAAGACGAAAUAUUUCUUUAAAGCUAAAAGCCAAAAGCAAGUCAGCAAGUUCCCUUGCAUCAGGAAAAAGCAAGAAAAAGGAAGGGAAAACCAGUGAGAGGUCUAGGAGUGGCUCAGAUGGAGACAAAGAGAGUAAGAAGAAACAGAAGUCUCCUGGUCCAGCUCAACAGGUGGUGGUCAUGAGAGAACUAAAGUGGGAUCACCAGAUUGUUCCUAUUGGACAAAAGGUGCAGGAUCCUCUUCUUCAUCUCUGUGAGAAAUGCGCAUUGCCUAUUCUUGUUUAUGGCCGACUGAGUCCUUGUAAACAUUCCUUCUGUUUAAACUGUGCUGAAAAGGGAAAUGGAAAGUGUCCAAGGUGCGGUGAUGGUGUUCAGCGGAUUGAACGGGCACCGCUGGGUAGUGUGUACGUGUGUUCAGUAGGCGGAAGUCGCUAUGGAAUCUCAGGAUGCCGUCGAAGUUAUUUCUCCCAGCGAGACUUGCAGUCGCACAUCAAAAGACGGCAUCAGAGAGAGCAUGGGGGAGGGGAGAGUGAUGGAGGGGAAGAUGCCGAGAAUGAGAUACAACGCGCCAUGUUCCCUCAAGUAGCACCUUUUUUUCCGGCCCCGUUGCGUGAGCCCCUGCCAGCAGUGCCCCCUCACCCUAUUUUACCGGGUGAAAGACCCUUUGGAAACGUUGCCCCGGUACCCGUGAUGGACGGGCGACAUUUCCCUGGAGUACCCACUAUCCCACGUGAAACGUUCUUUAUGGAGGGACCACGCCAGCAGCAUCCUGUAGUCAGUGGUUUCCCUGCUCAAGCUCCUGCGCCAGCCCCUAUACCUCAUGUCCCUCAAGGAGCCUUUCCACGACCUGAGCAGGGACCUUCUCCGAGGUUUGAGGAGAUGCGAGUCGCACGGCCAAUGGCCCCUGCACCUAUUGACGAAGGCUUUGGACCUAGACCAGUAGGGCCCAGUUUCCCAGGAAGAUUCCCUGGGCCACCACGAGCCGAGGCGGAAUGGAUUCCGGGUGAUAGAGGCCCUCCUGUUAGAGGAGAAAGGGAAUGGAUGCCACCUCCAGGGCGGGCUGAGAGAGACUGGAUUCCACCCAGAAGCGUAGCCAACAUGGUUCCUCCUGGGGCACCUCCCCCAGGGAGACCCCCACCCGGGGAUCCUCAUUUUAGACCGGGUCCAAUGUUUUAAAGUCUGUGACAAAAAAAACUAGUGUACCUGUGAAAUCGUUACAAACGCUAGUUUUAAUUCAUUUUUAGAUGAGUAAGAUCCUAAACCUCCCAUGUUUUGCUCCAGCUUGCGUAGCUCUUGCUAACAGUGAACCAACGCAAUUCUUCUUUGAAGACGUAUUUAAGGUCGUGUUGGUUUUACUUGACCACCCAGCACAGCGGUUUCUCCGGAAAAAUGUGCGCCACUCUCUUAACCAGUCAGAUGCAAAAUUCUAACAAAUCGUUUUCCUACGCUUAGUUUUCGUUGGUUCUUUAUUCUUGAGUGCUCCGACAAUGUUCCGUAUCUCUUUGCCAUAUUUGGGGGUUUUUUCCGACCUAAGCACUCUGAAACGCGUGUGAUAUGAAUCCUCGUGUUCCACACGAUCUUCGGGAUUCGAUACAGGCAAGAGGUUUACACGGUACUUAAAUGUGUAGCGUUUAUUUUUUUUUUUUCUUCUUUAGAGUAAUUUAAAUUGGGUGUUGAAACUAAAUCGGGAUCGUUUUGGUUUUACUUUACUCUGCAGGGUGAUUAGUCUAAAAAAGGUCGUGUCAUCCUUGCAACCAAUCUGGGGCAAAUUCUAACAACACGCGACUUGUUCAGUCGCUUGCGUUUUCACGCGCUGUAGGUGGUUAACAACUUUUUUCCCAGCUUUCUCGUUGGCUUCUUGUGUUGUUUUUCUCAGCGCUGAUUGAUCGCUGCGAUGACUUCGGGUUUGGAUUUUCGACGCUCAGUUGAAGUGAGGGUUACAUGCGAAGAAGUAUAUGAAAUGCAUUGACUUGAAACAUUGUAUCUACUCAACUUUAUUUAUACCAAAUAAAUAGAUAAAAAUGA